ACGCGUAUUUCUCACUUCAUCCUUCAAAUAUCAACACUUCUCUUACAAAAAUGUCUUAUACUAUACUAACUCUCAAGGGCUACUCUCUUGAGGUCAAGAAAUUCCACCAAGUCUACCCUUUAUCUCUUUGCUACAGAUGACUGAGUUCUUCUCUUGUACAAACAUAACUGAGUUCUUUCUCCAUCUCUCGUGACAGAUCGGCGUUUUACCAUUAGUUUCUUUUUCCAUCUCUUGUACAAAUCGUUUUCUCCCCGCAGCAAUGUACUCUCAACGGAGGCACUUCAAUACAGAGUAUUGGGUGCCUACAAAAUUGACUGUGAACCAGCUGGAAAUGUAUUGUAAAAUCCUAGAAAUAAAAGCGAUUUACUUUGCACACAAUCUAAAGAUUCUUCUGUUAGAGGUCUCCGGUCCAUUCUGACAACCACACAGAAGUUCUGUUUCCUGCCAGUGCUCUAUUCAUUUGCAAGUCGUGGAACGGAGCCCCGAAUCAUCCUCAACUGAAGCUAAGCAACCGAAUGUUGAAAUAGCUGCAAGUGGAAAGCUAAAUCUUCUUGGCAGGAUGCUUGAGGAGAUUAAUAAACAAUCUUUAAAAGCACUUAUUCUCUAUGAGGAAAUUGGUUGCUCUGGAAGUUGUAUUGGAGGAAUUUUGGAUGACUUCCUGCUUCAAAAAAUUGGUUCAGAUUCUUAUGAUCAUGUUGGAAGGGAUGUUAUUCCUGCUAAGAGGGUAGCUGCUUUGAAUAAGUUCAACGCGGAGCAUAAGAAGUUCGUUUUUUUAUUAGAAAAACGUGCUUGUCUUUCAGUCAUAAGAUUAUUUUCAGUUAAUACUGUACUCAUAUUUAAUAGUGACUGGACCCCUAUGAAAAGUUUAAAAGCUCUGGAAAGGAUAAAACCUGACUCACAGCCUGAGCAGAUAAAAAUAUUUCGUUUAUAUUCGCCUUUUAUCGUGGAAGAAAAUAUUUUAUGCUUUGCAAGGGAAAAAAAAAAUUUGAAAGCUUAUAGAAGGUGAGCUGGGUUACUUGUCAUAAUUUGCUCAUGCGGGGGGCAGAUAAUUUAUUUCUUACUUUGAGUGAGCUCAAUCGUGACAAUACUCCAGUCUCCAGUGCAAGUACUAUGUCAGAAAAAUCACCUAUGAAAGAUAUAGAGCAACUUCUUCAGAAUCGUGAAGGCACAGGCACAAUUAACUUGUCUAUAAUUUUGAAAGUUCAAGUAAAAGGAUCUUACUACAUGAGUUCUCAAAUGUCUAUUAAGCUGCUUGAAAUUUCACAAGAAGAUUAUGCAGAACUGUGUAAUUAUUGGAAUAAAUUGUUGAGGGGAAAACAUAAUACCGAAGUUGUCACUGAAAAAGUUAUAAAGAAAUGCAAGGUUGAUAAAGGUAGUUCUGUGCCAUUUGAACAGGUGUUCCAAGAUGAAUGCACACCAAUCUCCACAGCUGCCCAAUUGCAAGUUAGGUAUUCACCGGCUAAUAAGAUGCAGAAUGUGGCUGCUUCAGUAUCCCAUCGGGAUGAAGUUGUGGCAGCAACAAUAGAGCCUGUGAUGCAAAUACAGCAGUUAUCAGCUGCAGGUUCACAUUCUGGUAGCAAUGCUAAUUUAUGUUCAGCUGGUGGCAUCGAACAUCAACUAAGCUCUGGAGGCCAUACAUCCAACCAACUUGCUCAGACUCCUACACACAGGACUAUGAGCUCGCAUCCAGACCUGCUCUAUAUUGAGCUGCAAAUAAUUCAUAAAGAAAUAGAGGAGGAACUAAAAAAUCAUAAAGAAGUGGAGGAGCAGCUAUUGUUUGAAUUUGGAAAAGAACUUGAAAAAAUGCGAACCCAAUAUGUUAACAAAGCUCAGGAGCUGCACUGAGUUUGAGCUGAAGCUGAACCCAAUAUGUUAACAAAGCUCAGGAGCUGCACUGAGUUUGAGCUGAAGCUCAAUGAACUGUAUACAAUUUUUUGAGGAGUACGAUGUAGGCCUAGACAGGCAUGGGCAGGUACCAUCAGGAGUGCAGCAAGAUCUGUUCCUUUUGAAUUGUAAGUGUUCUAUUCACAUAGAUUCAUGCUCUGAUGUUUAAGGUUUCACUUCAUUCACAUGGAUUGUGUCAUGAACUCAAGAUGGGUUGACUUCUGGCAAUACAAAGCUGAUCUCUAUUAUAUGUGUACCAAGUUCUGGUGGAGGCUAAUUUUGGACAUUUAUUAUUUUUAACGUAGAUUGUUCUAAUAAUUAAUUAUUAUUUGGAAAUAAUGGAAGAUGCUGGAGUGUUUUAUUAAAUCAAAGAGAUAUCUAUUUUUAUAAACAAUAUCUCAUUGAGUUCAAAGCAAGUUAGUCAGUCUUAGAAACCAACCAUAACUCAUUUAUACUGAGAUUGUUGGCAUAUGUUAGUCAAGCGAGGAAUGGCAGGAUUUUGCUCAAUAUAAAUGCCCUAUCAAGGUUGAUGGCACCUCAUUUAUUUUCACUUAUAGUAGAUUAUUAAAUAUAUUAAACGAAACUGAAUGCUUCACUGUUCAAGGAUUUUAUUUCACUUUAUCCAAAAAUAUAACAAUAUUUUUUUUUUAAAAAUCUUUUUGGCUCAUACAUCCAGAGCUAUUCUAUGUUAAAAAAUAAUGUUUCCGUGUGUGUCUACUAAUUUAAGCAUACUUUUAAAGAUGGGAAUAUUUAAAGUUUGGUUCUAUAUUAAACUCAAGUUUGUGUCAUCUUAGCAUCGUUUAGCCUAGAAUAUAUGAUAUUGAUAGGUAGUGACAUACAUAUGGGAGAACUAUUCCAAUAUGCCACAUACAUAUACACACUGCCCUAGCACUGGUAAAUGUGACCAUCUUUGGCCUUUUUAUGAUGAAAUUUGUCAUUACCUCUAUCAGUAUCAUAUAUUCUAGGCUAAACAAUGCUAAGAUGACACAAACUUGAGUUUAAUAUAGAACCAAACUUUAAAGUGAAAUAAAGUUUAAUAUAGAAAUUUGUAUGAUUUGAUAUAGAAACUUUAAUAUAGAAACUUGACUUUAUUAUGU